AUGCAAAGCUCAAAAUCAUUUUUAAUUCGUGACUUACUUGGAGAUCUAAUAAAUCGCCGACAAACAGAUUCAGAGAUCGAGCUCUCGAACGAUGACUCGGACAUAGACAUUGAGGAUCGCUCCACACCCGACUCCAAUGGCUGUCAGCAGGAGCUGUUGUCCCAUCACUAUAAUCACAACGAGUCCAGCGUGGAGUCCUGUGGCACGGGUACGCCGGGACUUUCAGCGGCAGCAGCGGCUGCUGGUGUGGCCGCCGGCCUUCUUGCUGCGGCAGCAGGCGGCGUCAACGGCAACAACAGCCACAGCCACAGCCACAAUAGCACCAGCAACAACAAUCUAACUGGCAGUGGCAGCUAUGCGGAGCACAAACUGCAGCUGAGCAAGAGCGGGCGGAAGCCGCGUCGACGUCGCACCGCCUUCACGCAUGCCCAGUUGGCCUAUUUGGAGCGCAAGUUCCGCUGUCAAAAAUAUUUGAGUGUGGCGGAUCGCAGUGAUGUCGCCGAGACGCUCAAUCUGUCCGAGACGCAAGUGAAGACCUGGUACCAGAAUCGACGUACCAAAUGGAAGCGUCAGAAUCAGCUACGACUGGAGCAGCUGCGUCAUCAGGCCACACUGGAGAAGGACUUUGCGGUUCAGGAGAGUGGGGGCGGUGGCGGUGGGCUCGGCUGCUGCCCCUCCGGCCUACCCACAACCUUCAGUGCCGCCGCUGCAGCAGCUGCUGCCGCCAGCAAUCCUUGCAACUUCUUGACUUCCGCCGCCGCAGCGGCUAUCUUUCGGAACGUGGGUUACGUGCACGGCUGCCCCAUGUAG